GCCGGUGAUAUUUUCAGGUUGCACAAAACCGUGCAGACAGCAACAUUUCACAGUAAAUUAUUACAUUCGUAGCUGGAUAAAAGAUGUCAACGAAACAAGUGACCUGCAGGUAUUUCCUGCACGGUGUGUGUCGUGAGGGCAGAAAGUGUUUGUUCUCUCACGAUCUGACUACGAGCAAACCUUCAACCAUCUGUAAAUACUACCAGAGAGGAGUCUGUGCUUAUGGAGACCGAUGCAGAUAUGAUCAUGUGAAACCGUGUGGCCGUGGCGCGGCGGUCGAGAACCCGACCAGAUCCGGGUCAGCGCCGGGACCUGUUCCACCAGCAAACACUGGCAAACCUGGCAAAAAACCACUGGUUCUGAGAGACAAAGCUCUGGGCCCGUAUGGAGAGAGUGCGGAGGACUGCUGGGACUACAGGGACGCCAGCGCUCACGGUAAACCGCAUUCGUACCUGGACGCCAUUCGCUCCGGGCUGGAUAGUUCUGAAAGUUCUGCCUCAUCCGGCCCGUAUCCGGACGCUGGGCCUCAGCCGCAGCUCUGCCCGUACCUGGCGGCGGGCCAGUGUAACUAUGGUGACCGCUGCCCGUAUCUCCACGGCGACCUGUGUGAAAUCUGUCGUCUCCAAGUUCUACACCCGCACGACCCUGAGCAAAGAGCAGCGCAUGAAAAGAUGUGCAUGGCGGCCUUCGAGAUGGACAUGGAGCGGGCGUUUGCGGCUCAGCAGAGUCAGGAUAAGCAGUGUAAGAUCUGUCUGGAUGUGGUGUACGAGAAGACGUCUCCGUCGGAGCGGCGCUUCGGGAUCCUGUCGAGCUGCGUACACACGUACUGUCUGAGCUGCAUACGCCAGUGGCGCUGCGCCGAGCAGUUCCAGAACCAGAUCCGAAAGUCUUGUCCUGAGUGCCGUGUGGUGUCGGAGUUCGUCAUUCCCAGUAUGUACUGGGUGGAAGACCAGGAUGAGAAGAACCGCCUCAUCGAGGAGUUCAAAUCUGGAGUCAGUAAGAAAGCCUGUAAAUACUUUGACCAGGGAAGAGGAACGUGUCCGUUUGGUGGAAAGUGUUUCUACAUGCAUGCGUACGCUGACGGGUCGAAAGCAGAACCUGAUAAACCCCGCAAACAGCUCAGUGCCGAGGGGAACGUCCGGUUUCUGAAUUCAGUGCGUCUGUGGGACUUCAUUGAGGAGCGAGAGCAUCGUGGGCUUCCCCAGGACGAGGACGAGGUCAAUGAACUGGGCGAACUCUUCAUGCAACUCUCAGGAGCCGGUGACGAGAGCGGCUCCUCUGCCUCACAUUGAUCACAUGACAAUAACACGUAUCGAGAGCGUUUCCUAAGACGACAUUCUACCAGUGGUGCGUUUCUGUGAGACAGCAUAUACUACAUCUGUACGAGUAUGAAAUAUAUAAAGCACCUGUAUCGUAUCUGUAGGCUGCUAUAUUCUCCUGGGAGGAUUUUUUUUAACGCAAGGCCCAAAGAUGAAUGUAUGAAAAAAUGGGAACUAAAAAUCACAUUUUCAAAUGCACUGAAGUAGUGUAUGAAGUGUAAUAAUGUUGUGUCAAAAGUAGUAAUUGUUGCACUUAGUUAGUUCAGAUAACAUUCAUAAUUUAUUACAUUUGGGCAUCAUGCAAUAUUACUGUGGUUAAAAAAAGAAAAAAGAAAAAAAAGCAUCCAUUCGUUUUGUCACCAGUGAAUGGACUUAUCGGUAUUUUUAGGAUAUAUUUACUUAAUUUUGAAUUCAGCUGAUAUCAUAGUACUGAAAUUCACUCGUCUGGUUUACUCUUGAAUCCGAUAUGGGUUAUUAUAUAUUCAUUUUCUGAACUGUAUUGUUGAGUGACUCUUGAGCGAGUGUAAUAAAGCGUUUCGUGAGCGA